GGAGAAAAAACUCAUGAAUGUCAGACAUGUGGGAAGGCCUUUAUUCAGACCUCUAGUCUUAACAGACCUAUGAAAACUCAUAGUGGAGAGAAGCCUUAUAUAUGUCAGGUGUGUGGCAAGGCCUUUACUCAGUCGUCAAGCCUCAAUAAACAUGCAUUUAUUCACACUGGAGAGAAACCGUAUAUAUGUAAGGAAUGUGGAAAGGCCUUUGAUAGACCCUCAAGACUUACUAUACAUAGAAGAAUUCACACUGGAGAGAAACCGUAUAUAUGUAAGGAAUGUGGAAAGGCCUUUGCUAGAGCCUCAAGACUUACUAUACAUAGGAGAAUUCACACUGGAGAGAAACCGUAUAUAUGUAAGGAAUGUGGGAAGGCCUUUACUGAAUCCUCAAGCCGUAGUAUACAUAGGAGAAUUCACACUGGAGAGAAACCAUAUAUAUGUAAGGAAUGUGGAAAGGCCUUUGCUGUAGCCUCACGACUUAGUUUACAUAGGAAAAUUCACACUGGGGUGAAACCGUAUAUAUGUAAGGAAUGUGGAAAUACCUUUGCUGACGCCUCAAGACUUAGUGUACAUAGUAGAAUUCACACUGGAGUAAAACCGUAUAUAUGUAAGGAAUGUGGAAAGGCCUUUACUUUGGCCUCAAGACUUAGUGAACAUCGGAAAAUUCACACUGGAGAGAGACCCUAUGUA